AAGUGUGCAGAGAAGGGGAGGGGAGACAUUUGAGAGGAGGGAUUGUGAAGAGAAGAUCUAUAAUAAUACUGUUAUGUUUGGAUCGUUUGUGGACAUCUGGAAAUAUCUAUGCCAGGCUCUUAUAUCACAGCUGCCUUGCAGGACCUGAAGCCUCGGAUGAGCACAGCAGCGGCCCAGAUGGAGCCGGGGGAGAAGGCCCUGUCUGGGAGGAAGAACACGGCCACAGACUCCAGAGCCCUCCCCAGGCUCCUCAGCCUGUUCACCGGGGACAUGAGGGUCUGUGGAGACUGGAUGAAAAAGCAGGUUCUGGGGGUCCAGAUGGUGGACUGGGUGUUCCGGGGCCUUGCCCAGGUCAUGUUUGUCAACAACCCCCUCAGCGGGCUCCUGAUCGCCAUGGGCCUGAUUCUACAGAACCGCUGGUAUGCUCUGAACGGACUGCUAGGGACCCUCCUCUCCACCACAUCUGCCCUCCUGAUUGGACAGAGCCGGGGGGGCGUGUCUGCAGGGCUGCAUGGCUACAACGGGACUCUGGUUGGCAUGCUGAUGGCGGUCUUCUCUGCUAGCGGAGACUGGUGCUGGUGGCUUCUUUUACCCAACACCUUCAUGUCCAUGAUGUGCCCAGUGGUCUCCAGUGCCUUGGCCUCAGUCUUCAGUAAAUGGGACCUGCCCGUCUUCACUCUGCCGUUCAACAUGGUGCUGUAUGUACACAUGGCAGCUACAGGGCCAAACCACCCCUUCUUCCCUCAGGUGGUUAUUCCGCCAAAGUCCCUCUCCCAUGAUAACACCACUGGAACAGAGCUAAGUAUCUCUGAGCUGGUUCUGUCUGUGCCGGUUGGCGUGGGUCAGGUGUACGGCUGUGACGGGCCCUGGACCGGAGGUCUGUUCAUCCUGGCCCUGCUGGUCUCCUCUCCAACCAUCUGUCUGCACGCCAUACUGGGCUCAGCUGCUGGCUCACUGGCUGGUCUGGCCCUGGCUGCCCCUCGUCAGGAAAUCUACUCUGGCCUAUGGGGGUACAACAGCGCCCUGUCCUGCAUCGCCAUUGGAGGAAUGUUCUACGCGCUCACCUGGCAAGCUCAUCUAUUGGCCAUCACUUGUGCAUUUUUUUGUGCCUACUUGGGUUCAGCUUUCGCAAACGUGGUAUCCGUGUGGGGGUUACCAGCGUGCACCUGGCCGUUCUGCCUGUCCACCCUCACCUUCCUGCUCCUCUCCUCCGGCAUCAGAGCUCUCCUCAGGCUGCCCUUGUCUGCCGUGUCCUAUCCUGAGGAGAACCGCCGCUUCUACAGGAACCUGAGAGACUCGGAGGGGUGCGUGGAGAACCGUCAAGAUGACCGGCCGCAGAACCAGCAGAGCGUCAGUAACGAGGCCACGCUGAUGGAGGAGGAUGGAGACUGCAGGCCCAAUGUUAUUGUCACAUAGAUGUGGGAUAGAGAGAAGUGUGUGUAUGUGUGUGUUUGUGUGUUUGUGCUGGGGGGUAGAUUGCAGAGACAAGAAACUCGUGUUUGACAUUCAGGUUGUAAUUGGAAAAUACCGCUUCCUCUAAUUGCGGAUUUAUAAUGUUUGCCAUACACUGUUUUUAUUAGUUGAAUGGUAGUGUUUCAUGUUUAUCAUAUUUUCUGUAACUCCUGUGUUAUACAGCAGGGGGCAGCAUUUGCUAAGGCAGGCACAAGGCUGCUGUGUGGGUCUGAGAGUCUAUGACAGUUAAAACAAUGGCCGUUCCCAUUCAUAAUGCCUGUAUAAGCACUGGUUAAAUUAAAUGUACAAUUCUU